AUGUACCCGAACUUGCUAGGGUCGCCGUUUUACCACCACCAUCAUCACCACCACCACCAUCACCACCACCACCAGAGCAUGUUGAAGAGCUCGCCGUUCCUGAUGGACAACCUGCUGUCGAGCAAGGGUGACGGCAAGUGCCCGCACGGCCGCUACCCGUCGGUCGCCAACGACGCCGCCUACAGCCCGCCGGAACUGGACGACGCGCGCCUUGAGACGCCGCCCCCGCCACCCCCGACGUCCGUGUCCGCCCCCAGCCUCAUCUCCGCCUCCGACACCACGCCGUCGCCCAAGCCGAUCCUCAAGUUCAGCGUCAGCGCCAUACUGGGAGACGCCACACCGCCGCCGUGCACAGUGUGUGUUGAUGUAAAUACGAUGGACCUGGAGCGCACGGUCCAAGGCCGCUUUCAUUCUGACGGGCUGACGGUGCGAACUGAUCUCUAA